AUGAUAGAGGAAGUCUACAAGGACCUGGAGGAGAUCCAGCGGGACAUUGAGCGGGAGUACGAGGAGUUUGCAAGGAAGGACUUUGAGUGCAAGCUAGAGCACCACAAGCAGAUCAGGCCGCUGCUUGCUCGGAGGGACCGGGUUAUUGCGUCGAUGGUGCCUGGAGACUACUGGGGGCGUGUGUUGGGGAGGUACGAGGUUGGAGAGACGAUACUUCCAAGAGGCAUGAACAACGAGGUCAGCACGGGAUGGGUGAGGUCGCUGCGUGUUGACUACCUUGAUGGAUAUGCAUACAUGGUUGAGAUUGAGGUGAACGAGAAUGAGUUUGUGGGGAACAGUACUUUGAGGAAGAAGGCAUAUCUCUUUGAGGGGGAGGUUGAGAAGAGCGGAGUGAGAUGGAAGGGGGACCGAAGAUGGCCUGUGUUUGAGUUUUUUGAGACUGACACGGCGGACCUGGAUGUCUUUGACAUCCUGUAUGAGGUUUAUGUCAACUCUGUCACCUACUUCCUGACGUCCACCUGGGAAUCUCCAGGUAUAAUUAAUUAA